AGUCUCACUGUAUCAGUGAACUGAUAUAAACCGACUACAUGUGUGCUAGUAAGUUUGCUUCACAAGUACGUAGAUAGUAAAUCAACUUAAUAUUUUUUUUACAUUAAACUGUAUUUUCAAGUAUCAUAUAACAUGAGAUUAUGCGUAUGUUUUUUCCUGGUUCUUAUUUGUAACACCACUGAUGGAAAAAAUUGUAAACAAGAUGGACAGUGUAAAUGUACGUUUGACGACGGAAGUGGAACAGUUGAUUUAAGCCUUAUCGGAAGACAAGACGGAACACCUUUGAUGCAAGAUCAGUUUGCCCCAGACAACUACGCAUAUUCAUUCAAUCCCUGUUACCCAUUCACUGAAGGAACGUGUGUCAACGCAGCGGCAUGUCAGUAUGAUUCUGCAAACAACAUUUAUUAUAACAUUGGAGAUUCAUCGAAAGUCACACUAUCGUAUGAUGGUAUGAACGUGGUAGGGACUUACGAAUCAGAUGACGGGGCUAGGUCAAGUACUGUAACGUUUCAGUGUGAUCCAAAUGCAAACCCUCCAACAACUACUGCUUUGGGAGAAACUUCUACUACAGUAUAUGGGUUUACAGUAACUUCAAAAUAUGCAUGCCCGUCAUCUCAGCCAACACCAACACCAACGCCAGGAGAAGGGUGUUAUACAAAUUUCGGUGACUUUACGAAGAAAUGCACAGAAACUUACGACGGCAAAGAUGGGUAUAUUAAACUUUUAAUCAUUGAAGACUGGGACGGCAGGUGCGUGUUUCCAGAAAAUGAAGAUGUUGCUGUAAGUCUUCACAAUACUAAAUCUACAUGCGAUGACGUCAGUACCAGGUGCAAUCCCGUGCAAGCCUUCUCUGUCAAUGGUUAUGUAUGCAAAGAGGUAGAUCAGCGCACAAAGAACUCUGAUCUUAUUGGAUAAAGCAGAAAAAUGACUUGACGUUUAUGUUAGCAUGUUAUGGUUUGCAACCGGUCUUUGCUAUCAAGACUGUUGAAUUUUGUUCAAACUACCACGCUAUAUAUAGUUGUAGGUACAAGUAACAAUGCCUGUCGCAGUAACAUCCUUUAUUUAUCUCUAUAACAAUUAAAUCAAAAAUAAUUUUGUUCAAACAUACAUUAAACCAUUUCCAACUUCAUA